AUGCUCCGAGCAGGCGGGAUGGAGGAGUUUGUCACGGAGGAAGAGGAGCCGUGGUACGACCAGCGGGACCUGGAGCAAGACCUACACUUGGCAGCUGAGCUCGGCAAGACCCUCCUGGAACGCAACAAGGAGCUGGAGGACUCCCUACAACAGAUGUACAUCAACAAUGACGAGCACGUACAAGAGAUAGAGUACCUGUCCAAGCAGUUGGAAAUGUUGAGGGAGAUGAACGAGCAGCACGCAAAGGUGUAUGAACAGCUGGAUGUGACUGCCCGAGAGCUGGAGAUCACCAAUGAGAAACUGGUACUGGAGAGCAAGGCCUCGCAGCAGAAAAUAGACAGGUUGACGGGCACCAUGGAGACCUUGCAGGCUCAGGUGGACAGCCUGAAAACUCGGGUGGAGGAGCUGCGGACUCUGGAGGAGCUGAGGGUCCGUCGAGAGAAGAAGGAACGGCGCAAGACUGUGCACUCCUUCCCCUGCCUCAAAGAGCUCUGCACCGCGCCAAGGUAUGAGGAUGGUUUCCUGCUGGCCAACCCGGGCAGCGUGGACCUGGCUGAGAGACAGCCGGUGGAUGAGGAGAACGAGCGCCUGAGAGACAUCGUCUCGUCCCUGCGCUCAGCUGUGGCCGGCGAGCGCUCCCGGAGGGAGGGCGCCGAGCGCGAGUGCGCCGCGGUGCUCCAGGAGUUUGAGCGUCUGGAACAGCGUCUCUUAGGAGCCGAGGGCUGCCAGCUGCGCGUCCGGGAGCUCGAGGCCGAGCUCCAGGAGAUGCAGCAGCUGAGGAAGUCCAGGCUCUGUCUGAUCGGGGGCAUGGAAGACGGCCUGGAGACGCUGCUCCGCAACGGCCCCGAGACGGACACGCCGGAGGACGGCGUGGGUCUGGAGGAGGGAGGCGAAGGAGGCGCUGGAGAGGCAGGGGACACGGGGCAGCAGGGAGGCCCGGUGAGGAAAAGCUGCAGCGACACGGCUCUGAACGCCAUCUCGGCCCGCGACGCCUCGGGCAGGCGCCAAGGCAGCUACGCCCAGCACGCCAACGGCGUGCGCAAGCGCGGCAUGAGCAUCCUGCGGGAGGUGGACGAGCAGUACCACGCCCUGCUGGAGAAGUACGAGGAGCUGCUGGGAAAGUGCCGGCGCCACGAGGAGAGCCUGUGCCACGCCGGGGUGCAGACCUCCCGGCCCGUCUCCAGAGACCCCUCCAUGAAGGAGUACAGCAUGGUCUGCGCGGGGCCUUCGACGUCAUCGGGUGCCGUUGCCACCCCUCCCACGCCCCCCCAAACUCCCUCCACCCCAGAGGCCCUGGAGGGGAUCAGCAGGCAGGUGGAGCAGGUGGAUAAACGUCUCAGCCAGAACACGCCGGAGUACAAGGCCCUGUUCAAAGAGAUCUUCUCCCGCCUGCAGAAGACCAAGUGUGACAUUAAAUCCACCAAGAGCAAAAAGAGUAACAAAUGAGCAGGAGAUACUACACGCACCGAAAACAGUGACCGCACACAAUAUAUUUAAUUUACCUCACUGUUUUUGAAGGCUUCUUGUCUUACAUUUGACCACCCAUGACUUAAAGGAACACGCCGACUUAUUGGGACUUUAGCUUAUUCACCGUUAUCCCCCAGAGUUAGAUAAGUCCAUACAUACCCUUCUCAUCUUC